AUGACAUUUAUAUAUAAUUCCAAAGUAUGAAAUCAAAGGAAUAAAACCAACAUGGUAUUUAUAGAGAUAUGCACUGGAAUAAGUCUUUUUGGGAGCAUUAUUUUGGUAUUUUAUAGCUAGGUUAUUAUGGGGUCGUUGCUGAUUGGGGAUUAUGAAUAUAUUGAAAUUAAUGGGAUCCCAGAGAUGAAGGAGAAUAAAAUGGUGAUGUUGAUGGAAGAUGAAACUCCGAGACACACUCCUUAUGGAGCAGAUAGGGUCUAUCCUGAUGAAGCUGAAAAUAGUGCCUCACUUUUUGAAGUAAGCCUUCGGGUUUGGAGGGAAGUUUUAGGUUUUGCCUUCCACUUAGUGAUUGCUUAUCUGGACUAACGGGACAUCUGCAAGAGAUGGCUCUAACCUCGGAAACUAAUCCUUAGGCUAGGUGGUUUACGCUAGAUAAACAGACUAUUAGUCUAUCCACUUAUGGCCUUAUAACACUUAACUUAACUUAAAUUAGAGAUGAAGCUGGAUUCACAUGCUUGUGAGCUGCAGGAAUAUAUGUAAUGAUACUGGGGAUAAUGGUUUAUUUAAUAGGAAGAAAAGAGCAUGCCAUCAGAGGACAGGAAGAAAUACAGAUGAGGAUUUUUAGACCACCUGAUAGGGAUAGUUCAGAUGAAGAUGAAGAAGCUCCUUUUUUGUAG